UUUUCCACCCACUCCUUCUGGCAGAAUACCUAGAUUUGUUGUGUUAUUGUUAUGGUCCUGUGAAAAAAGGGCGCAUCUUCAAUGAGAGCGGGUUUUGACAACUUCGGUGAUGGCGUUUGUCCUGGAGCCCGCGGAAAUAACACCCGGCCUGCUGCAACUGGAAUCUCAAGGCGAUCGCAAAUUCCAAAUCUCAUCUCGUAAAACAUCUUUCGUGGUGCCGUUUUUGGUUUUUUAACUUCUUGCUUAAGCAGUGAAUCGCAAAAAAUAUGGAACCGGCGGAGGAUGCGGAAACUUCCUACGUUACGAUGGAGGAUGUUCUGAAGGAACAGGAAGAUCUGGAAGAGACAUCGCGUGCGGUAUUGGGCGGUUCGGAUGAGAAGAAUUGCACCUACUCAAAGGGCUACGUUGGAAGGCAGGCACUGUACGCGUGCCUUACGUGCGUUCCGGAGGCCCGUGGCGAUGAGUCCAAGCGAUGCGCCAUCUGUCUGGCUUGUUCGCUCAAGUGCCACGAUAAUCACGAACUGCUCGAGCUGUACACCAAACGCAAGUUUCGUUGUGAUUGCGGCGGAAACCGAAUGCCUGAUGUGGAGUGUAAACUGGGGCCGAAGAAGGAAGAGGACAACGCCUUGAACCGCUAUAACCAAAACUUUUCCGGUGUGUAUUGUGUUUGCCACCGGCCGUACCCUGAUCCCGAUACGGACGUUGCCGAUGAGAUGUUGCAGUGCAUCGUGUGCGAGGAUUGGUACCAUUUCCGUCACUUGGACGUAGACCAGGAGAAGAAUGUGAAAAAUUAUGCGGAAAUGGUUUGCGGUGGCUGCAUGGAGACGUUACCCUUCCUGAAGCACUAUGUCGAUAAGAUUGAGGACCUAAACAAAACGUCCCUGGACGAUACACUGCAGGUGGAUGUAACGGGGCUUGAUGACACGGUAGCUUCUGUAACGGCUGACGAGGAUAACGAGGAUGUAGGUCCGAGUGCAGCGAAACAGCCGCGAUUGGAUGAUUCAACGACCUCGGACGCUCAAGCGAAGGGCGCCGAAUCGGAAAAGAAGCCUACCAGCGAACCGAAAGUGGACAUUUGCACAAAACCACCGUUCGAUGAAGGGACCGAAGAGAAGGGUUAUAAGAAGGGAGCUUCGUUUUGGAUCGAAGGAUGGCGAAUGCAGCUGUGCCAGUGCCAGGCGUGUCUGGCCAUCUACAAAGAGCUUGACUGUGAGUACCUGCUCGAUCCGAAAGACACAGUACAGUAUUACGAGGACAUUGGCAAACGGCGCCAGGCUACGGUCGGAUCGUCGUACGAGCAGGGCAUGGAGAUGUUGAGCCAGCUCGACCGUCAAACACAGGUCAGUAUGCUGACGGAGUACAACCGGAUGAAGGAACGGUUCCUGGAGUAUAUGGAAUCGUUCGUGACGAGCCAGCAGGUCGUCACGCAGGACGAUAUCAAAGAGUUCUUCGCCCGGCUGAAGAGAGAUCGGCGAGCGGAAGGUGGCGCUAGUGCUCCACCGUACUUUUGUCGCUAGAAUCGCUAGACCGGAUCGGUCUCUGCGUAACAUUCAGUAUCUUAACACUAUUCCGUAUCAAAUAAAAUUUAUGUACACAUGUAUAACA